AUGCCCCCCUCCGACCGCUCCUCCCCCAUCCGCGUCUUCGUCCGCUGGCACGACCCCGCCAUCUUCGCGGGUGAAGAACUCCGCUGCACAAUCACCUUCAAGAAUACCGCCUCUCCGCCCCCUUCCUCGUCAUCGGUGACUUCGCCCACGCCAACACCCACUCCUACCACGUCCAGGGUCGGGGUCGGGACGACAGGCAUUGGCGCAUCGGCCGAGGACGAGUGCGCCGGUGACAGUUGGGCCUGUUUCUAUAUCUGCGUCUGGGUCAGGGAGCAGUACACCAGGGCCAAGUACAGGGUCGAACCUAGCCCCUCCGCCCGCAGCAGCUGCAAGGAAGGGGCAUCGCCGCGGUGCAUUGUCGCUUUCUGUGCCGCUGUCUCCUUCAACGAGAAUAAGGGCUAUCCCCCCGACCGCUCCCUCCAACGCCUAACCACUAGCCCAUCCACACCCAACCCCCUAACCGAGUUCAAGUUCCCCCGUCUCGACCCCCCAGGUUCGCCAGUAGUCAGAGCCCAUCCCAGCGAAGAUGAUCCGACCAGUCCGACACACUCCCUCCCGAUCCGGCCGCGCGACGGCAGCAGCGUCCCAACUAUUAAUGAGCACUCCGUAGCCCCUUCUCCCCGCGCCCUCCCCACAACCAGUAUCGCCGGCACGCCACGCAGCAGCGGAGAGUUCUACUCCCUCAGCAACCAUUCUUCCGAGACACUGGCAUCAGAAUACGUUCAGCACCCCAACUUCCGCGGCCCGCAUGCGCUGCGAUCCCCGCCGCCGCAUAUCAGGUCGCCUUCGUCGCUUUCGGUUGUUUCCCUGCCGGGGACAGGGACAACUACGUCAACGGGGACGAAACAGAACCAGACGGAAACCCUCAUGAUGGGCUUUGCCCAGGUUCAGGGGAGUUUCGUGCUCGACGGGUCGCUGAUCAACCUUGCGCCGUUUGAGAGCGUCAAGAGGAAGGCUGUGCUGGCUGGGCAGGGAGGUGGUGUUGUGGGGUUGGAGACGGGAGCGCAGAAGAGGGAUAGCGGGCUGUUUCGACGGGCAUUGGGCAGCUGGGGGUCCAUCACAAGCAGUAUCGGAGAACUGUUGGGCGGAGGGGAGAUGAGCACGCUGAAGGAAAUGCGUGGCGUCGCCAACAGCAAGGCGAUACCCCUUCUUUCGGUGCCUCAAUCGAUACUGUUUGUGGAUCUCCAGCUUGCACCCGGAGAGUCAAAGUCGUUUGAAUACGCGUUUAAUCUUCCGCGCGGCCUGCCCCCGUCGCACAGGGGUAAGGCGAUCAAGAUAUCGUAUAGUCUUGUAAUUGGCACGCAAAGGCCGGGGGGCAUCAAGGAGCAGAGGGUCAAGACAGUCGAGGUGCCGUUUCGUGUGCUGGGGAGUGUAAAUAGCUACGGGGAGGUGCUGGGGCAUGAUUUGAUGGCGCCAUAUGUCUUGUUGAGGGAUCAGGCGAGGGUUGGGGAGGUGAAGGAGGGGGGCAGGGGGGAAAAGAGGGGGAAGCCUCCUCCUGGGGCCGAGAAGAAGGAGGGGAAGUCGACAAAGGAGGGAUUUUUGGCUUAUGUGGAUGAGUUGCUUGCCCGGCCGAAGGCUGAUGCCGUCCCGCUGCCUCAGUCAUCAGCCUCGUCUCUCUUGAGCCCAACUUCUUCUCACCUAGCCAUCCCUCCUCAAAUCAACCAGCCGCUCCCCUCCCCCACAGCCUCACGCCGCCCAUCCAUCCACUCCCUCAACUCUGAUAUUCAGUUAUCCCAUUCAGCAGUCCCUCUAACAGCAAAAGAAGCAAUCGACCUCGCCAUCCUCCGCUCCGCCCGCCCCCCGCACCCCGGCGCCCCCUCGACAACCCGCUUCGACAUCGCCCGCAACGGCGCCCGCGUCGCGGUUAUUACCUUGCCUAGACCGGCAUACCGGUUGGGAGAAAACGUCUUAGUGACCAUCGACUUCUCCGAUGGCGUAACGCCGUGCUACGCGGUGCACUGCUCGCUUGAGACAAUCGAGCGGGUGUUGGAUCAACAAUUGGCGCUGAGGAGUGAGGCGAGUGUGACGAGGGUGACGAGGAAAGUCUGGAGUAGCGGGAGUGAGUGCGUGCUCUUUGGGAGGAGGGCGGUGUUUGGGUUGGGGGUGCCCAGCACGGCGACACCGGGUUUCGUGACGAGUGCUGUUGGAGGAGAGUGGAGGGUUAGGGUUGAGUUUGUGGUUCCUCCGUCCCAGCACGAGUCUAGCAGCAACAAUAACAACAACGCAAAUCAGAACCGGAACCAACAUGGGGAUGGGCAGGGGGAGGGGAAUGGAAAAGGAAAGGGGAAGCAUGCGUUGUUGGAAGAGAUUUCGCGGGAUGAGAAGGGAGGACUGGUGAUGGUUGGCGUGGAGAACUUGGUGUGUGAGAGCUUUGAAGUGGUGGUGCCGUUGAGGGUAUAUGGAACGGCGGGUGGGGGAUGGGAGAGAGAGGGAGAGGAGGAGGGUUUGGUUGUUUGA